UGCUGGGCUUGGGGGUCCCGCUAGAGUGACUCCUUCCUCACCUCGCGGUUCCCGCGUACCCGUCGCUGCUGGGAGUUCUUGCUGGUAUUUUUCUCCUUUUGGGGGAUUAAACGUUAAGUACCACCAGGUUUGAGUGCUGUUUUAAGUAUCGCGCAGCUGCAAGCUAGGCAACAGGAUCUGCGCUCUAGAGCCUUUGCUGCUGCCCCGCGGUUCGUGCAUCCUCCGAACAAGAUGGCCGUUGCUUGAGUGGAACGUAUAAACCCGACCUGGUGGUGAUUUUAUAUCUAGCCAGCUGGCAGCCAUGAACGAAUGGAUGAGGAAAGGCCCCUUAGAGUGGCAAGAUUACACGUACAAAGAAGUCAAAGUGACAGCCAGUGAGAAGGAGUAUAAAGGAUGGGUUUUGACCACAGACCCAGUUUCUGCCAAUAUUGUCCUUGUGAACUUCCUGGAAGAUGGCAGCAUGUCUGUGACUGGAAUUAUGGGCCAUGCUGUGCAGACCGUUGAAACUGUGAACGAAGGGGACCACAGAGUCAGAGAGAAGCUGAUGCAUUUGUUCACUUCUGGAGACUGCAAGGCCUACAGCCCUGAGGAUCUGGAGAAGAGAAGGAAUAGCCUAAAGAAAUGGCUCGAGAAGAACCACAUCCCCAUCACAGAACAGGGAGAUUCACAAAGGACUCUGUGUGUGGCUGGGGUUCUGACUAUAGACCCGCCCUAUGGUCCAGAAAAUUGCAGCAGUUCUAAUGAGAUUAUUCUGUCCCGUGUUCAGGAUCUUAUUCAAGGACAUCUUGCAGCUUGCCAGUGAGAGGCCAAGAAUUGUGGAUUCAUCGAUUGAAAUAACACUUCAUUUUUAUUUUUUCCUUCAUAAAAUGUUUUGAAUGUUAAAUCCACCAUAUUAUAAGACUUCAAAGCCACACAAUUGAGUGUGUGUGUGUGUGUGUGUGUGUUUUAAUUUUCUGUUGUUUUGGAAAAAUCAAGUGGAUUUGGCUGUGGAUUAUAAGUGUUAAUAAAUAAGCGAACUAUGGCAAGGUUAGCCUCACAUGCAACAAAAUAGCACAAGGACAAAAAAAAAAUAGCACAAGGAUGUUAGAAUUCUGUCUUUUUUGGUGGGAGAACACCUCCAUUUUUGUUAGGCAAGAAAUGUAUUGGGAACUAACGCAGCAUGUUAGAUUCAAUAUAAAAAGUCUUAUUAAGUCCCUUGCCCUAACUGCAUGUUUCUGUUUUAAAAAUAUUUAUUUAUUGUGUAAGAAUUAAUGCUUUUGAAUCAGAAUAUGUUGGGAUAUAUGCUUUUUUGAUCGAAACUUGAAAAGUUUUAACUAUUUGUAAAAUCUUAACACAUAAACUGUGUAACUUUCAAAGCCUUUA